CUGCGUACGGGACAUGCUCUUGGACUCGGUGUGUUGUCAAGACAGAGGCGGUUCCCAGUCGCACGUGCGGUUGUAGAUCCGCCCAAAGGCAGAUCUUAGGGUUCCCAUGGCGACUACGGGACGCCAAUUUUCCUCAACAUGGCAGGAAGAGAAAAGGCCAAAACUCAGAUUAAGUCUCAGGUGGAGAAUUCCGGAGCUAGCGCCAACGAAAAGAAGCACACAGAGGAUCAUGAUAAAGAUACCAGUGAAAACGAACACCCCCUUGCGUGGAAAUUCCUAUCCUAUUCACAAGUAAACCUCCUGCUGCAAUUGAGUGUUGAAGAAGUGGAGAAGCAAUUGGAGGAGAUCCUCAACUUUAAUAACCAUCAGACGUGUUUGAAGGAAGCAGCUUUAUUGGAUUAUUAUGUCUCUGGGUUUAGGUGGGCCAAAGAAAUGAACUUCACCUGCCAGCAAGUAUCAGGGUUCAUGACCCUUUUAUGCAUGGCGUUGGAGAAUAUUAGGGAUAACCAGAUGCCAUUAGCAGAAAACUUCAAAGAGUUUUAUAAUGCAGUAGUGGGGACAAGGCAGUCAACAUCAGCGGCAACAGAGGAUGGUGACAAUGAGUUCUUCAGUGUGGGACAAGUUACCAGUAUUACUGAAUAUAUGAAGUCAAGUUUAUUUCAGCAUUACAAGCUGUAUGAAUUUCUCUUCACCCAUCCACAAGAGCAGCUUGUUCUUGGUAUUGAAGAAAGUGUUGAGGUGCUCAGAUCAAGAGACUGCUUAGUUGUGGCACCUUUGGAAGAGGGCAUGCCCUGUGAGGCCUUCACUCAAUACGUGGCCCCAGCUCCCCCUGAACACAGUGAGGAUGAGUUUACUGAAGAACUAGAAGGAAACUAUGAAGACAAGCAGAACAAAGCUAACAAUGAAGCAAAAAAUGCAUUUGAAUGCUACGCCAUAGAUGAUGUAAGAUCAGUGCUUGGACCACUGACAAAAGAUGUGCUGGGAAGUUUUCAGAUGGAGAUCAGUGAGAAGCUGCGGGUCCAGGAGGAGCUUUACACCGCCAGGAUAGACAGACUUAAAAACUCUUCCGACAGUUGAAUAUUAUCUGCGGUGGAUGUGGAGCUCUUGAUAUAUGUCGCCCUCUUCUGGUGAAGCUGUGGAACUGCAGCAUCGGGUCAUAUUCGGUUUCUUCAGUUCGGUUUUCCUGUGCUACUUAGAAAUUUCACACUUACUCAUUAGCAUACAGAUAUAGUAGAUACAUAUUAACAAAAUAUCACCAAAAAGGAAUAAUGUCUCUCGAGACAAAUACCAGUUUAAGAAUCACGUUAGCGAAAACUGCAAAAUAAUACAACUAAUUAUCUUGCUAUGUUAAAUAUAUAUUACUCUCUUAAUAUUACUAUGCAGAUGUGCCCCACAUUACCCACAGGAGUGUGUAAAUCCAUGUAGUAGAUGUUCUCCUCCAAAGUGCAAAAUACAGUGCUGUAUACUCUGCUACUAAAUACUGUUUGUGGUCAAUGUCUGUUCAUAUUGUUUAUUUUAAUUUGUUUAACUUAUCUCUUAUACAGUAUGUUGCUUUUGUCUCUAAGGGACUCUUUAAAGCACUGUUACAGUAUAUAAUGAUUACAUUGUUUAAAACUGUAAUCUGCCUGCUGAUAGAUGCACUUUGUUCUGCACACCAAGAAACUAGCUGUAUAAGGCAGGCAAGACAACAUUGCAAGAUGUAAAACUAAUUCACAAUUCUUGCUGUUCAACACUUAAAAGUAAUUUAUACAAAGACGUAUUAUAUAUUCAUGGUAAUUUGAUGUCAUUGCCUCAUGCAGUAGAUGCAUGUUUUCUUGGCUGUCUUAUUUUUAAUAUUUUAAAUUAAAAGUACAAAAUCAUCCCUUGGUUCUAGCAGUGAAGGUUACCUGAAGACAUGUUGAAAGUAUUGUUGUAAAAACAUCUGGUAAUGUUUGGUCAUUAAAUUACAAUCUUCAUUUCCAGCUUCUUAACAAAGUAAAGCACUGUAUUUUACAAGUACAAUGUCUUCUUCUCUUUGUCUCAAGCUGCACGUGAACACCAAUGAGCAAUUAUAUGGUCUAUAUAUUGUUUUAUGUUGAAUUGUUGAAUUAAUGUGUUGCUUUUAUCAUUUAUAUCUGCUUUUGUUUUAAUCGUUUUUUACUAGGGUAAAUAAAAAAUUCCAGAAAAUCAAAGCUGAUAUUUCACUGUUUAUAUUUAUGUAACCAUGAAUGUAUAUGUUCAUCUAUCCUUUUGGUUGCUUUAACAAGUCAGCACAAAUUCCUUUCUUCUUGGUAAAUAUUAAGUAUUUCCAAUGUAGUGUAGAAAAUAUGAAGAAUACAAGCUUGCUAUUUUCAUUAUUAAAGGUGCUUUGCAGACAGCCUUGUUUAUUUUCUUGGAUUGCUUUAGCCGCAGGAAAUUCUAACAUUUUCUCUGAUCUCUCAUCAGAUAAAGACUUAACACUUAACAUUACGAUGGAAAAUAGCCCUCAUGGGCUAACUUUAAACACAUGUCCUUUUCAAACAAACAAAUUCCUGCAUGGCGC